AUGGGGGCGCUGCUGGCGCUGUGCCUGCUGCUGGGCGGGCUGCGCGGGGGCCCCGCGGGCGCGCAGCCGGCCGGGGAGUACUGCCACGGCUGGGUGGACGCGCAGGGCAGCGACCACGACGGCUUCCAGUGCCCCGAGGACUUCGACACGCCGGACGCCACCAUCUGCUGCGGCUCCUGCGCGCUGCGCUACUGCUGCGCCGCGGCCGACGCCCGCCUGGAGCAGGGCGGCUGCACCAACGACCGCGGGGAGCUGGAGCACCCCGGCAUCCCGGCGCAGCCUGUCUAUGUCCCUUUCCUGAUUGUGGGCUCCAUCUUCAUCGCCUUCAUCAUCCUGGGCUCUCUGGUGGCCAUCUAUUGCUGCACCUGCCUGAGACCCAAGGAGCCCUCCCAGCAGCCAAUCCGCUUCUCCCUCCGCAGCUACCAGACAGAGACCCUGCCCAUGAUCUUGACCUCCACGAACCUCAGAGCUCCUUCCCGGCAGUCCAGCACGGCCACCAGCUCCAGCUCCACGGGGGGCUCCAUCCGCAGGUUCUCCUUCGCCAGGGCAGAGCCGGGCUGCCUGGUGCCCUCGCCACCCCCGCCAUACACCACGGGCCACCCCAUCCACCUGACCCAGCCGUCCGGCUUCCUGGUGUCACCCCAGUACUUUGCUUACCCACUCCAGCAGGAGCCCCCACUGCCUGGGAAGACCUGUCCAGACUUCAGCUCCAGUUGA